AUUUGGUCGAAAAAUCCGCAGUCAUACUGAACUACACAAGCCAGGCGAAAAAAGUGAAGAAAAUUGUAAAAUAAUUACUGGAUAUUUGAUUAAGAAGUUUGUACUUAAUUUAAGUACGCACAGCUAUACUCUGGCCAGGCGGAUGGAUGCUUAAAUCUGAAAACGGCGAGACGCAGGAAAAGGUAAUAAAAACUACUUAAAAAUGACCCAAUAUCUACCGCCGAAUUUGCUGGCGUUAUUCGCCGCACGGGAUCCCAUCCCGUUUAUGCCGCCGGUGGAUAAAUUGCCACAUGAAAAGAAAUCCAGAGGCUACUUGGGAGUGGCCCACUUUAUGACUGAUUUCGAGGAUCCCGAGGACACGCCGCUGCCCAAGACGGUGGAGACGCGCCAGGAGCGUCUGGAGCGAAGGCGUCGCGAAAAGGCCGAGCAGGUGGCCUACAAAUUGGAGCGAGAAAUCGCCCUGUGGGACCCCACCGAGAUAAAGAACGCCACAGAGGAUCCCUUUCGCACUCUGUUCAUCGCACGCAUCAAUUACGACACAUCCGAGUCGAAGCUGCGACGUGAGUUUGAGUUCUAUGGCCCCAUCAAGAAAAUAGUCCUGAUCCACGACCAGGAGUCAGGUAAACCCAAGGGCUAUGCCUUCAUCGAGUACGAGCACGAGCGCGACAUGCACGCCGCCUACAAGCACGCCGAUGGUAAGAAGAUUGACAGCAAGCGUGUCCUGGUGGAUGUGGAACGGGCUCGCACAGUCAAGGGCUGGCUGCCGCGUCGCCUGGGCGGAGGACUGGGCGGCACUCGGCGCGGUGGUAACGACGUGAACAUCAAGCAUUCUGGUCGCGAGGACAACGAGCGAGAACGCGAACGCUACCGCCUGGAACGUGAGCGCGAGGAUCGCGAAGGAGCGGGCGGUCGCAGCAACAAUGGCGUGGAGCCCAGAGCCGGGCCCGGAGCACGUCCUGCCUUUGGGGCAGACAGGCGUCGGUCUCGCUCUAGAGACCGCAGGGAACGGGAGCGUGAUCGUGGACGCGUCGCCGUGGCUGGCAAUCGUUCCCGCAGCCGGUCCCGUGAGCGCAGAAAACGUCGCGCCGGCAGCCGGGAGCGCUACGAUGAGUUCGACCGCCGCGACAGGCGGGACAGGGAGCGUGAGCGGGAUCGCGAUCGUGACCGUGAUCGUGAGAAGAGGAAGAAGCGUUCCAAGUCGCGUGAGCGCGAGUCGUCCAGGGAGCGACGCGAACGCAAGCGUGACCGUAAGGACCGCGAACGCGGAGGAGCUGCCGGCGAUGUUAAGGAACGCAAGCCCGAUUUCCGUGAAAUGGACAUUAUCAAGAUCAAGGAGGAGCCCAUCGACGAUGGCUAUCCAUCGUUCGACUAUCAGAACACGGCCAUCAAGCGGGAGAUUGAGGAUGAGCACGAGGAGAAGUACCGUCCUCCGCCUGCUCAUCACAACAUGUUCAGUGUGCCGCCGCCGCCCAUCAUUGGACGCAAUAAUUCGAAUGCAAAUCCAGCUCCCAAUCCCGACAAUGGCCAGCAAAAUGCCAACGAGCAGAGCUGGUGGCGUCAGUAGAGAGAGGAUUCAUCCCAUUCAUACCCAGACUCUUUCAAGUAUGCCCCUCACGCUGACUAUUUUCAGGCACAGUGAUCCGGAGCUGGAGCUGGAACGGAAACGGAGGUUAAUAAUUGUAAAAAAAAAUCAACCGUCUAUUGGUUGUAACUAUUUAUUCAAAUUUAUUUGCAAAUUCAUGGCAAAAACCGAUCCUGGUUGGAUUAAUAUUAUUAUUAUUAUCCAUGGUUCCAUUUUACACAACAAUUUUACAGUACAGAGAGCGGAGCGACAUUAGCACCGGCAGCAACAACAACAACAACAACAACAAAACACCCAAUAACGAUGCAAAAAUCCAAUCCACUAAUGUGCAUAGCUUAAAACAUUUUAAUUUAUAAGUAACUCUUAACAAAUUGAUAAUGAAAGAAAAAGUAAGUAAAAAUAAAGCUAGCCCUACAUGUGUUUGUUUCCCCACCUUUGGUAAGGGGGUUCAAGACGGAACUGGAAUUCGGAUUGAGUUCUCGGCUGACUGCAGUCUGCGGUGUUUUGUUGGUAUACAAUCAAUCCCAUGGUGGUUCCUGGGACACACACACUUAACUCUUAUUCUUAUACUCGUAAAACAAACAAACAAACAAA